CUGCAGGGGGUGUGGCAUGAAUGGCCAUCAAAGGGCAAUGGCCUGAUGGGAGCUUAUAAAAUGACCCGGAGAUGCCAGGCACCAAAAUAGGCGCCUCACUUGAAGGAUUCUGUGUGGAAACUGCCGUCUGCUGUCGUCUUAAUAAUAAUAAAAAAAGGCCUCUCCUGAAGCCACCCAGACCCGAGAUGGUGACCAUGCUGUUGCUCCUGGCUACUCUGGCAAGCCUCUUCACUGCAGCCAAGGGACAAAGUUUCCAUCUUGGGAAAUGCCCAUCUCCUCCGGUGCAAGAGAAUUUUGACGUGAAAAAGUAUCUCGGAAGGUGGUACGAAAUUGAGAAAAUCCCAGCGAGUUUUGAGAAAGGAAACUGCAACCAAGCCAACUACUCGCAGAUGGAGAACGGGAACAUCAAAGUGCUAAACCAGGAGCUGAGACCUGAUGGAACCGUGAACCAAGUUGAAGGUGAAGCCACACAGAGCAACCUCUCAGAGCCAGCCAAGCUGGGAGUCAAGUUUUUUGAGUUGAUGCCAUCUGCACCGUACUGGAUCCUGGCCACCGAUUAUGAGAACUAUGCUCUUGUCUACUCCUGCACCACCGUCAUCUGGCUCUUCCACGUGGAUUAUGCCUGGAUCCUGGGAAGAAACCCUUUUCUUCCUCCAGAGACAGUAACCUACCUGAAAGAUAUCCUCACUUCUAAUGAUAUCGACAUCCAGAAAAUGACGAUCACGGAUCAAGCGAACUGCCCCGACUUCCUGUAAAGGGAGGGGUAGCCACUCCGGGUUACUCCUAUGCUUUGUGCUCCACCCCUGCUCCUCAUAAAGACAAACCAAGCAACCAUGGCAAGUACCGAGGGAAAGUUUGGCUAUAGAAGCCAAGGGAGGGGACUCAGGGAAAGUUGACCCAAACCCAGCCAGACCCCACACUGUCACUCUGCUAGCCCAACAAUAAACAUUUUGCUGAUCAGCUGUGUUCA